AUGCUCCUAGUAGGCCAGACUCAUGUUCCUUCCUUUGUUUCCGUUGGCAUCAGCUGCUCCUCUCACGUGAUUUUCCUCGUGCAGGCUAUGGCUGGGCUGUUCUGUUGCUGCGGCGGGGCAGAUGACGCCUCGGCGGUCGCAGAGAUCCCCACGCUGCAAGCGAUGCCACAACGCGACCCCGUGAGCGAACUGCAACAGGAUGACCAGCUGGAAAGCGAGGGACCAGCAGCACCAAGCUUCGGAAGCUUCACGGUGGUCAUUCCCACACAGGCCCAUGCCACGUUGGGCUUGAUGUGGGAUUCGGCCAGCGAGGCGGCGGGGCCCAUGGUGCUGGACGUGCAAAGCACCGGCGCAGUGCCCAAAUUCAAUCAGCUCCAUCCCAAGCAGGCCAUUCGGCCGAACGAUGUCAUCGCCUCAAUCGAUGAUGAAAGCCAGCAUGCGGCAGUGCUGUCGAAGCUGAACGGCCCCUUGCCCGAUCAAGUCAAGCUGGUCGUGAAGCGGCCGAGAGAGGUCAAAGUGUCCCUCUCCAAGCCGGGUGCGUUGGGCAUGAAGCUGGACUACCAAGAGACAUCCAUUGGGGCCGUGAUUUCUGAGCUUAUGGAAGGAGGACUUGUAGCAAAAUGGAAUUCUGAUCAUCCGUCAGACGCCAUUGGCUUGGGCGACCGCAUCGCGCAGGUGAACGGGGAGAAGCUGUCAGGUGCCAAGCUGCUACCAAAGCUGAAGGCAGAGGACAAGCUUGUUCUGACCGUCUUGAAGUAUUAG